UGUCUUCUCCAUAUGCCAUUUCUGACCAAUAUGAGUAAGCUUGCGCUCAUCAUUCGAGGAACUGCACUACUCCUUUGCCUACUCAUCUCCCAAGCAACAUCCACUUCCCAUGGUCAACCUCAAGUGAGCGUCUCAGGAGCCUGCAUCAGCAGCGAGCGAGAUGCGCUCCUGUCCUUCAAGGGAAGCCUCCUCGACCCUGCUGGCCAUCUCUCGUCAUGGCGCCAUGGCGACGACUGUUGUCAAUGGAAGGGUGUUUGGUGCAGCAACCGAACUGGCCAUGUGAUCAAGCUCAACCUCCGCAACAACGACGUAGAUACCAACGGCUAUCCGAACAUGAGAAGAUCAUUGAGCUUGUCGGCAGGAGAGAUGAGCUCCUCUUUGGCUACUUUGCAACACCUGAGGUAUCUUGAUCUGAGUGGUAAUGAUUUCAACACCACAAGCAUACCUGUUUUCAUGGGUUCCCUUGGCAACUUAAGGUAUCUCAACCUCUCGUGGGCAUUUUUCUGUGGGAUGAUACCUUCCCAACUUGGAAAUCUCUCCAAGUUGCAAUAUCUUGAUGUCAGUGGUAAUUUUGGAGGUCUUCUAAAUCAAAAAAAAAUUCGAGGUCUUCAAGUAGUGGAUCUUGCAUGGUUGCCACGCCUCUCUUUGUUGACUCAUCUUGACAUGAGCUUUGUGGAUCUUAGUUGUGUGAGGGACUGGUUUCACACGGUUAACAUGCUUCCUUCUCUUGAAGUGCUUCGUUUGCCCGGAUGUGGCCUUAAUAGUACCAUGUCUGCUAGUAGUUUACACUCCAAGUCCAACCUCACACAUCUCGAGGUCCUUGAUAUUUCUGAUAACUACUUCUUUGGCACUUCAUUCAAGCACAACUGGUUUUGGAACCUUACAAGCCUCAAGGAGCUCAACCUCUUUGGUUGCGGCUGGAAUGGGUCCAUUCCCAAUGAACUGAGAAACAUGAAGUCCCUUCAGGUCUUAAACUUGGGUUGGAACACUCUUGAGGGUUUGCUACCAACCAAUUUAGAAGAUCUGUGUGAUCUGAAAGUACUGAUAUUGGACGCUAACAACAUUAAUGCAAACAUGGGUGAGUUCAUGGAUCGAUUCCCAAGGUGCUCAUGGAAUACAUUGCAAGAGUUGUCAGUACAGUAUACAAAUAUGACCGGAAAUCUACCCGUUUGGAUUGGGAACAUGACAAAUCUCAGUGUUCUUCAAGCAUCUUCCAACAUGUUGACUGACCCUCUACCCGUAGGAGUUCGAGCACUUGGUAAUUUGGAGUUUGUGGACCUCAGCUACAAUAACUUCAAUGGUGUGCUCUUGAAAAAACAUUUUGCAAGUUUGGGUAAUUUGAAGCAUUUAGACCUCAGCUAUAAUAAAUUAAAUAGUGUGCUCACAGAGGAGGAUUUUGCAGGACUAUUGAAUUUAGAGUAUCUAGACUUGUCAUACAACUCUUUGAAAUUAGCUAUCAACCAAAAAUGGGUUCCUCCAUUUAGAUUGAAGUUUGCUGGUUUUCGUUCAUGCCAUCUUGGACCUCAUUUUCCAGAGUGGCUCAAAUGGCAAUCUGACAUUGAUGUUCUUGUUCUUGGAAAUUCAAACCUGGAUGAUGUUAUUCCCGAUUGGUUCUGGGUGACAUUUUCCCAAGCUUCAUUCUUACAUGCAGCAGGAAACAAGUUGCAUGGCUCAUUACCAGAAAAUUUACAACACAUGGCAGCUGACCGUAUAUACCUUGGGUCCAACAAGCUUACAGGUCAAGUCCCAUUGCUCCCAAUAAACAUAUCCCGCCUGAACCUGUCCUCGAACUCUUUCUCAGGGUCAUUGCCAUCAAACCUCAAAGCUCCACUUUUGGAAGAGUUAUUGCUUGCAAAUAAUAAAAUUAGAGGCAUGGUCCCAUCAUCUAUAUGCCAAUUGACUAGUUUGAAACGGUUGGACUUAUCAGGAAACAAGUUAACAGGAGAUGUUAUGCCAUGCUUCAUGGACUCAGGUGCAAACUCUGCAAAUCAGUUUGGCUCCCAUAUGUUAAGUUUAGCCUUGAACAACAACGAUCUCUUUGGUGAAUUCCCAAAAUUUCUUCAAAGUGCGUCACAGUUAAAAUUCCUCGAUCUUUCAUACAAUAGGUUUUCUGGAGGAUUACCAAAGUGGUUACCCGAGAAAAUGCCACAACUGCAGAUCUUGAGGUUGAGGUCCAAUAUGUUCAGCGGCCAUAUUCCGGACAAUCUCACUUGCAUUGUUAGCCUUCAUCAUUUGGACAUAUCUGGGAACAAUAUAUCAGGAAACAUACCAUGGUCACUAUCAGACUUGAAAGCAAUGACGACAGUAAUAUCUGAGCGCACUGCAGAGUAUUACAACUUCGAAGAGAGCAUACUACUAAUCACGAAAGACCAAAAGCGGGACUAUAACUUCCAAAUCUACAAGCUAUUGGUGAAUCUUGAUUUGUCAAGCAAUAGUUUAAUAGGACAUAUUCCAGAGGGGAUAAGUUUACUAAUUGGGCUCACCAAUUUGAAUUUAUCAAGGAACCAGUUGAUGGGAGAAAUCCCAAAUCAGAUCGGUGAUUUAAAGCAUUUGGAGUCCCUGGACCUAUCGUACAAUUUGUUAUCAGGUGCCAUCCCAUCAAGCUUGUCAUCUCUUACUUCUUUGAGCCACUUGAACUUGUCAUACAACAAUUUAUCAGGUGCAAUACCAUCCGGACCACAACUACAAACUCUUGACAACCAGAUGUAUAUAUACAGCGGCAACCCUGGUCUUUGUGGUCCUCCUCUCUCCAGGAAGUGUUCAGCAAAUGAUGCACAACAAAGCGGCCUUGAAGAUAUGAACCUUAUGUCAUCAGUUUACCUUGGCACGAGCGUAGGAUUCGUGGUGGGUCUUUGGAUAGUGUUCUGCACCAUGUUAAUAAAGAGAACCUGGAGGGCCGCCUACUUCCAAUUUAUUGAUAUGAUACAUGACAAGGUUUAUGUGCAAGUGGCUGUGAGGUGGGCUCGCCUGAUGAAAAAUGCUCAAGACGAUGCACCAUGAACAAGAAGUGCCCAAUUUCACUGCGAAUGAAUUGUUCAAGACUUGCAUUUAAAUAUAUUUAUUUGGUUUUCUGUACUUUUGUACUGUAUCUGUAUUUGUAGGUUUUUCCAUAAAGAUACGGGAUGUAUCAUGAUAUGUAUUUGUAGCUUUAAGUGGAUAUUUGCUGUGUUGUAAACUUGUAAUGCAAUUUGUAUGUUUCUACCCUACCAAAUGAAGCGUGCAGGCAUAUAUUGUUGGAUUA